AUGUUUGCCUCACAUGAACCCAGUGAAAAAUCCGUCAGUUCUUUCUUCCAACUCUUCCCCAAGAAUUUUCCCAGUGGGGGCCCACCGCAAGAUUCGCUUAUAGUGAACCCCAAGCUGCUACGUAGAGAAUACCGAACACUUCAGAGCGAAAAUCAUCCAGACAUCCUGUUUGGUUCUACAGUAUUGAAUGCCGUUAAGAGCGAAGCUAGCAGUGAAGGUGAGGAUAGCGAGACUUCCUUUUCUUCUGUGAUUAACAGAGCCUAUUCCACAUUGAGAAAUCCAUAUCUGAAAAUUGCUCAUUUUAUUCAAUUGACUCACCCACAGAAAAUUGACAUAACGCAGGACGAUGUUUCCAAGGAAAUCAUAGCGAACUUCCAGAAAAGCUCACCGGAUUCAGCCAUGGAAUACAAGGAUAUGCUCAUGACCGUUCUCGAGGCUCAUGAAGCUCUCGAGUUAGCAGCUCUGGAGUCGGAAUUGGAUGAUUUGGCCAUAGAGAACGAUGCCAGAAUCAAGGAAUCCGAAGAAUUCCUUGAUUCUUUGAUCCAACAGCAUUCGCCCAUCCAGAAUUGGGAUCCAAUUAUCAUGGAAGCCAUCCGGUUGAAGUACUGGGUGAAUAUCCAUAAUGGCAUCAAGGACUGGGAGCCGGGAAAGCCUGUGCAUUUGACCCAUUAG